AUGUCCAAUGAAUUGAUCAGGAUAAUUGAGUAUCUCUCGGUUUAUAAUGUCACAGUCUAUGUAAUAGAUUAUGUUGUCAAACAUGACUAUACUGCAUUGGAUAAUAUAAGAUACUUGAUAUUAGAUAUCACAAGGCUAAUGAGCACAAUUACUCGCUCCUAUCAUAUUUCUGCGUCCCUAUGCACUCAGCUUGAUCUCAGCGCUCAUAAUGAACCAAACCGCAUACUCUUUGGUAAUCGAGCAACCGAUGAAGGAUCUUGCUUGAUCCGAGAAACGAGAGAUCCUUUAACACCUUACACCAACGUCUUCCUUUUAAUUGGUACAGUGACGGAAAAUACGACAGGGUCAACUCUUAUGGAGAUGCUCGACAGUAUCAGUAUCAUCCCCUCCGGACCUUCGAUACUCGAGAUGAUGUGUUGCGUUACAAAAGUGCGAACAGUUGCAAUCAAAUACCAUUUGGUCUUGUCCGAGAGCGUGCUGUGA